AUGUCUGCACAACAGCCAGCAGCCAACACCCAUAUCAUGGACUACGGCGCAGUCAUCGAUCCUACCAUCGACAAGAAUCCGGAACACUGGACUAUCGAGCGUGACCCUCCUCCAGACAUCGCAGUCAUCACCUUCACCAACGAGUCGAUCGGAUUUUGCAGCUACGACCCACCCAAGGGGUUCUCUCCUGAAGAAAUCUUGCGAUUCCGUGGUGCGAGCGAUUGCUUGACGCUCGACAGAAUUACAGAAUUGAUCAAGGAGAGAAACGAGAAGGGGACGUUGGAAUUGAGGGGUGACGAUAGGUUCAAGUAA